AUGCCCUCCACUUACGCCACUAAUUUUUUUCUUUCAUAUUUGUCCGCCUCUAUUUUCUCACUUUGUUUUUUUUUUUCAUCCUAUAUUUUCUUUCCUUCUUCGUUUUUUCUUCCACUUAUCCUUCAUAUACCCUCUCUUAAUCCUCUUCCUUUUUUUACUUCUUCUUCUUCUUCUUCUUCUUCUUCUUCUUCUUCUUCUUCUUCUUCUUCUUCUUCUUCCAUUUCCUCUUUCUUCAUUUUUCUUCGUCACUCGUCUUCGUCUUUUCCCUUCAUGUCUCCCUUCUUUUAUUCUUAUACUUCCUCCUCUUCCUCUUCCUACUCGUCUUUCUCCUCCUUUUCUUCUUCUUCUUCUUCUCCUUCCUUCCUUCCUUCCUUCCUUCCUUCCUUCCUUCCUUCCUUCCUUCUCUUCGUCUUUUCCCCUCACUUCAUAUACCGUUUCCUCCUCCUUCCCCUUCUUCUUCAAUUUCUUCUUUCUCCUUUUCCUUUCUUUCCUCGUCUUCGUCUUUUUCUUUCACGUCUCUAUUCUUUUAGUUCAUAUACACUCUCCUCCAUCUCUUCCUCCUCCUACUACUAUACUCUUCCUACUCCUUCUUCUUUCGUCUUAUUUUUCUUCUCCUCUUCCCAUUUCCUCUUUCUCCUUUUUCCUUCUAUUCUCAUUUUCUAUCUUUACUUUGUCUUUUCCCUUGUAUUCUCCUUUCUUUUUCCUUCGUUCAACUUUUUUGAUUUUCGUUUCCCAUUUUUCCUUCUUUUAUCUCCUUUCCAUAUUUUCUCUCUUCAUUUGUUUUCUUCGUCUACUUUUUCACUUCCUUUCUUCCUCUCUGUUUUCCCUCUCCCUUUCUUUAAUUAUUCUCUCAUUUUUCUUUUCUUACUUUCUUCUUCCAUUUUUCUUUCUAUAAUUAAAAAAAAACUCCUUCCCUUCCUUUCCUUUUUCUCUUUGCUUUCUUUUUUCUUCAAUUACCUUCCGUCUUCUGUCAGCGUUCUUCUUCUUCUUUCUUUUCUUCUUCUUCUUUCUUUCUUUCUUUCUUUCUUCUUUUUGAUCGCUGACUUCUUCAAUUUCUUCUCAAUGCGCCUUUACUUAUCCAUCACUUCUUCUUCAUUCUCUUCGUCUUUUUCUUCCGUUUUCUACCAUUCCUUCUUCUUUUGA